AUGGGAGAAAGAAGUAUGAAGCAAAUAGAAAGGAGCAAGGAUGGGGUGCCUUGCUGGGAUGGGGAUGCCUCAACGUAUCAAGAAUACGCUGAGUUGGCGGCACUGUGGGAACAGUCAGUGCCGUACCACAAGAGAUACUUGUGCGGCCCGAAGCUCGUGCAGGAGCUUUCAGGCACAGCUCGCCGGUUUGUGCUCGCCAAAGACCCAACAUGGGUGAGCUUUCCCGGCGGUGUGCAGGUCCUGCUGGACCACCUGAGGCAGCAUUUGGGGCUCCCUCAGAUGUCCGAGAUGAGCGACUUCAUGGCCAAGUACUUCCGCAACAGCCGCCGGCACAAACAUGAGACCAUGAAUGACUACAUAACCAGAAAGGCUGAACUCUACUCCCGUGCAAGCUAUGCACUGGCCAGAGUUCAGCAAAGAUAUGAGCCCACCAAGUCCGCGACCAGGUCUCGUGGCUGGUCGGCAGACCAAGGAAGACUGCCACCUCACUCAAGUUCGAGGACUACCAGUGAGAUUCAUGAAGCACCAGAUCCCACAGAUCUUCCACAACCAGGUCUGAGGCCUCAGGUGCCUCAUGUGGAGGAUUGGCUCCGUGACGAUGAUGAAGAAGCACCAGGGACAGACCCCUGGGCACGAUACUCGGGCUGGCAUCACUAUGAUGACUGGAAGCACUCCGGGUAUGACUAUGGGGAUUCCUCAUGGAAGUGGCAGCCUGCAGAGCAUGCUGCCCCCAGCUCUACCAGUGAUGGCCCUUGGGGAAAAAGGGCCUUCGACCUUUUGCCAGACUUCGUGCAAGGAUGGUUCCUUCUCCAAGAUGCCAACUUGGAGACCAAUGAGAAGAACAUGAUUCUGGCAGCCAUCAAGAAUGACUUUUCGGUCCAACGAGUAGCACAAGAGUUGCGCAACCAGUGGUGUGACGCCGACCUCAAGCGUCGCGACCAGUCUCAAAGAGGCUCAGCUUGGGUGAUGGAUGAACCUGAAGUAGCUGAUGAAGACUGGGAUAGCCCAAGUUAUGCAAACUUGGUCAACAUGGGCCUCAACGAAGAAGGCCUUGCAGCUAUGGAAGCAGCUGAGGAUGAGGCCCAGGAUGCCAUGGCGGCCAUGGAAAAGAACCGGCGUACUCUUCGAGAUGCCCGAGCCCGCCAGCACUUUGUCAAGAUGAGCAGGCAGUACUACAAGAGUAGUGAACGGGUGGCUGUGUGUCCCAAGAAGCACCAAGACCAAGCGUCAGUGACCACGACGUCAGAGGCAGCACCUUUUGUCUGCUUUGCUGAUCAGACUGAGAAUGAGCAGGCCUGUGUCUCCUCAGCUUACAUCACCACCCAGCAGGCCAUGAACCAAGGAAAGGCAGUGCUGGAUGGUGGAGCAACCAAGACCUUGGCUUCAGUGACAGCCUUGGAGCGCAUCAUGGAAUUGAAUGUGAACAAGACUGGAGGCCAUGGAAUCCAGGAUGUCAAUGUGGACGACCGGCCAACCUUCGGUUUUGGCAACAGCUCAACGGAGAAGUGCAUCUCCACGGCAAACUUGGGUAUUGCCGCUGGUGGUCGACAAGGGGUACUGAGAGUGCACACAAUUGACAAAGGGGAAGGCCCCUUGCUGUUUUCCAUAGAUGCCCUGCGUAGCUUAGGUGCUGUCAUAGACUUUGAACAAGAUCUGGCGGUUUUCCGCCGUCUGGAUGCUCACCAAGUGAUCAAGUUGGAACGUUCCAAUACGGGACAUCAGCUGCUGCCCCUCACUGAGGAUUUGUUUGCUCAGGCAGUGAAGUCUGAGCGACCGGUGCCGAGCUUGAAAGAAUAUCUGAGGAUUUCGAUCAUGCCUCGACCAACCAAGGCAGAACUGAUCCUGGCCAUGGCGGAGUUGGGCGAGGUGCCUCCGAAAGUGUGGUCUCAAGUGGAGAUUGCAGCCCGCCUCGACGAGCUGCGGGCAGAACGUGGCAUGCCGCCACUCGAUGCUCCCAGCCGCGAGGAGAAAACGCCUCUCCGCAAGAUGGUGAUUGCCCUGAACCAAGCUGCCAAGCGCAAGGCCGACCUGCAGGUCUUUGCCACCCAGAGCUUGGGGUUGUCUCAGAUCUCCAACGACACCAUUCCCUUGCUGCAGAAGAAGUGCCUGCUCAAGAUCUACCAGGACACGCCAGCCUCAGGCGAGGACCCAGUGGGGUUCGGUCGCCACUCGAGCCUGACGUACCAGGAGGUUCAGGUCCACCAUCCGGACUAUGCCCGAUGGGUUCUCCAGACCAGCGAGGACGAGUGCGAUCCUCGCCUGAGCCGCCUCGCCGGCUGGCUGCAGAGCCAAAGCCAAGUCAAGGUGGAGGUGAAGACCGAGGGAUUGCCAGAGCCCAUUCCUCAGUCUCUGUUGGUAGAGAAGGGAUACCUGAAGCCUGGGAUGAUCAAGAUGAAGACCGAGGGAUCUCAGAAAUACUCCACCUCCGACAGUGUGUCAAGCUCCCAGCUGGAGCGAACGAAUAUGAUGAUCGAACAACUAGCCUGCAUGAUGGGCGAGAUGAAGGAGGAGCUCUCGGAGAUGAAGCAAGAGCGCCCCCGGAAGGAAGUGAAGGGCAGUGCCUCCACGGCGAACGGCUCUUUCAGCAUGGUCGAGCGUAGCCGACCUCAGCCACGGAACCAAGCAACUCUCGAAACCCAACCAAAGAAACUUGAAGUGGUAGAAGCUGAUGUGGGUCACUGGGUCCACCCGGAUGGAAAUCACUACCAGUUUCUGUUGCAUGUUGAUUCAGGCAGCAGGUUCAAGGUGGCAAGACAUAUCAUCACAGGUAAACGUGACCAUGUUACCGCUGCUCAGUUCAUCACCACGUUUCGGGAGUGUUGGGUUGAAUACUUUGGGAACCCCCGAACUUUAAGGGUUGAUCCUGAUGGGGCUUUUCGUAGUCAUGAGCUGUCCAGUUACUGUGAUGCCAACAACAUCUUUUUGGAUAUCAUACCAGGUGAGGCCCACUGGAAGCUGAGCCUUUGUGAACGGGGUAUCCAAGGGGUGAAAGAACUGUUGUCCAAGAUGGCUCAAGAUUUUUCCGAUGUGAGUUUUGUAGAUCUUUUGUCGGAAGCCAUUAGGGUUUUUAACUCCCGAGAACAAAUCCGGGGGUAUAGUCCAGUGCAACACCUGAUGGGAAGGGCACCUGAUGAUGAGGGCCGCUUUUUCGCAGCCCCACGAGCACUGACUGACGACCUUUGCUGUGAAGGUCCUCGAGAAGAAAAUGUCCGAAGCCAUCAACUGAGACAGCAGGCAGAAAUGCGAUUCAUCGAGUGGACAGGACAGCAAAGACUGUCCAGAGCCCAGAACUCCAAAGCCAAAGUCCGACCGAUUUACCAUCCAGGUGAUUUAGUCUACAUCUGGAGACGUCAAGUUCCACUGAAAGAGGCAAAGAACAAGCAUGGCACAGGCCGGUUCAUUGGCCCAGCUCGGAUUUUGGCCACAGAAAGAGAGCGAGAUGCAGAUGGAGCACUGAAAACUGGGAGCUCCAUUUGGCUGGUGAGAGGACGGAGACUGCUGAAAUGUUGUGUGGAGCAACUGAGACAUGCAUCCCAACGGGAACACCUUCUACAAGAACUGUAUGACGCAGAGCCUCAACCAUGGGAUUUUCCCAGGGUAGCCAAAGAGCUUGGGGGCAAUGACUAUGAUGAUCUCACCGAGGAACCACCCACUCCGGAAGAGCUUCGGAGAGCAGCAGAUCCUGAUCAAGAAGUGCAGCCAAGCAAGAGAUUGCGACAGAAAUCAAGACCACCACCAGGGCAGGAAGUGACUCCAGCCCAAGCAACACCAGACCUUACCACCGGAAGCAGUAGCAGCUCACGACCAGGCCGUAGCCGAAGUAGAGUGGAACGGUCUGGCCCCAGCGCACAGGCCAGUUUUGUGGAAGGAGCUCACUGGACCGAAUUGGUACAUGACACAUUUCCUGCAGAACCGGAGGUCUCAGGUUUUUGGACUGAGCCAACUGCAGCUGUGAGUGUCUCCAUUGAGAUGCCGAACACCAAGUCACAAACAGAAAAGAUCCUGAAGGACCUUCCGGCUUACUUCAACAAUACUCUGAAGAAGCGUGCAGCAGUGGAAGUGAGUGAGAAGUAUCUGACACCAGCAGAGCAAGAGGAGUUUCGAACCGCAAAAGGGAUUGAGGUGUCCAACUUUCUGGCGGCAAAGGCGUUUGAAGCCUUACCAGAUCACUUGAAGGUAGAUCGGACAAGAGCUGUUCGUAUGAGGUGGAUACUGACUUGGAAACAAAAGGAAGACGGCACCAGAAAAGCAAAGGCAAGAGCCGUCUUGCUGGGAUACAUGGACCCGCUGUACGAGCACAGGUCAACCGCUUCUCCAACCACUACACGCCAGACUCGACAAAUGCAACUGGCCAUAGCAGCAGCAUUGGGUUUCACGACAGAAAAAGGAGAUGUCACUGGCGCCUUCCUUCAAUCACGGCCAUAUCCAGCUGAACUCACUUGCGUGCCAUGCGAGGAGAUUUGUGUCGCCAUGGGCCUAGAGCCAAAUUCAGUAGUUCGGGUCAAAAAGGAGACAUGCGCUGCCAUCCGAAGUGAAUUCAAGUGGUCUGACUGGGAACAUGGUAAGUAUACUCAGUGUGGGGUCCUGGUAGAGGAACACUCUGAUGGAACUUACUCCUUGUCUCAGGAGUCAUACAUAGAUGAUCUUAGGUACAUCAACUUGCGUGCGCAUCGAAGGAAAGAAAAAGGCGCGCCAACUGAUGCCUUGGAACAAUCACAAUUGCGAACACUCUUGGGUGGCUUGAGUUGGGUAGCACAGCAAACAGCACCGCAUUUGGCGGCAGAAGUAGGCUUACUGCUCUCUGAGGUAAACCACAGUAGUGUAGACACCAUCAACCGUGCGAAUCGUUUGUUGGACCAAGCAAAGGGCAUGAAAGACCACAAAGUCCGAAUCCAUAAGAUUCCACUGGACAAAAUGAUGGUGUGCGCCUGGUGUGAUGCCGCAGCACACAACAGGCCAGAGAACAGAGAGAAGUGA